UGUAAGUCUCAUAAAUACCUCAUUUCUUCCAGAGACAAUGGUGUUAGCAGGCAUAUGUUUCGUGGUACUUCUGCAACACGCUGCAGGCAUGGCGAAUGUCUCAUUUUUCUCUUUAUUGACCCAUCAUCCAUCAGUUCAAAUGGAGAUUACUAAUAAGCACAAUGAUCUUAGGAGGAUGACAAAUCCUAGAGCUAGCAAUAUGCUUAAAAUGAACUGGAAUGCCGAAGUUGCCAAGAAUGCUGAAAAGUGGGCAAACAGGUGCACCCUGUCUCACAGCUCAAGAAGGCAACGAAAAGUUAGUUUUGCUAAUUGUGGAGAGAAUUUAUUCAUGUCCAGUGCUCCCUUACCAUGGUCACAUAUAAUCCAAGUUUUUUAUGAUGAAGUUAAAAAUUUUAAAUAUGGAGUUGGAGAUAUUCGAGCAAAUUCUAAAACUGGUCAUUAUACCCAGCUUGUUUGGGCCACUUCCCACGAGAUUGGUUGUGCCUUAGCCCACUGUCCUCACAAGCGCCUCUCCUAUUUCUACGUUUGUCAUUAUUGCCCAGAGUAA